UUGAUGGCAUGAUGCAGGGAACUCUUUUUGUAGAUUGUGUAAUCAGCGAUUCAAAUGUAUGCACGACUUAAAAGUUUUUCAUCUAUUGGUGAAGACCUUACCAUUGGGGAUGGUCUUAGAACAUUAAGCAUUAUGCUGUUGUUUGUGGAUCUAUGGAAUAAAUCAACACACAGACAGCAAGAAUUGUAUUUAUUAGUUUUGUCACUGCAGUUCAUUGUAGAAUCAGAGUCAUUCACUUCUUCUGGGAAAUGUCUAACGCUUAGAGAGUGAUUAUAAAAUUUGCAUAAAAUAUCAUGUCAUUGUAUAACAUUCAUAGAUUUUGAAUUCGAGUUUGCCGGUGUCUAUGAAGGGAAGUAAAAUAUAAAUUUAUUUGUCAGUGUUCUUUAAACUUAGAGGUUUUUCCCACCUUAGAUUUAGGUAUCAUCUUUAAACCCCAAGAUUGUCAUAAAUAUAUAUGUAUUGUUAUUAAACUCAAAUAGCUUCCCUGAAGUAUAAUUUUCAACAAAUCAUGCCAAAAGAGUAGAGUUUAAACAAAUACUAGCUUCGUCAAGGUUAUAAAUAAAUAUUUUGGAUACAUCAAUUAUUUAAGGAUAUUGAAAAUAAAAUAAUGUUUGCUUAAAAUAGCGAUCUGAAUAAGCUAACUAUUUUUUUUUUUUUAUAUACGUUGGUGUUUUCAAGGGAGAUAAAUGAUUUGGGAUAAUUGAGUAAAAAAAAUAGAUUUAGGAAAGAAUUGAUUUCGAAAAAUAUAUUUCCCAUUCUUUUUCUAAAAAAAAAAGAACAAGAUCCUCGGAUUCUAAGGAACAUCCGCUAAAACACAGUACAAAACUGAAAAACAGGAGUCCCAAAAACAAAACUGAACUCAAAAACUAGUACUUAAAGGUACGGAGUACGUGUUUUGUGGGAUAUCAAGAAGAAACAUAGACAAAACAGAAAGUGAAAGUAGAUUGAUGGAAGAAAGUGAACAAGUGAAAAUUGAAGAGAAAAUAGAAAGAUUAUGGAGUUGGGGUGCUGGAACAGAUGGUCAAUUAGGAACAGGAAGACUUCAAGAUGAACAAAUCCCUCAACAACUGUCUCUGUCUCUGCCCUCUGUCUCUUCACUUGCCUGUGGCGGCGCUCAUGUCAUUGCCUUAACCUCUGAUGGGAAGGUAUUAUCAUGGGGUAGGGGAAAUUCUGGUCAACUAGGCCAUGGAGAGGUUGUCAAUAACUUGUUAUAUCCCAAGGCUAUAACAUCAUUGGACAACUACUUCAUAACCCAUGUCUCUGCUGGUUGGGGCCACUCAGGUUUUGUUUCAGAUUCUGGGUGCCUGUUCACUUGUGGGGAUGGUUCCUUUGGCCAACUUGGGCAUGGUGAUUAUGCUUCACAUAGUUCACCCAUCAAAGUGUCAUCUUUUGUUGAUCAAAAUGUUGCACAGGUAGCAUGUGGAAUGCGCCAUUCUCUUGUUUUGUUGAAAGGCUGUCUUUCAAAUCAAGUUUAUGGAUUUGGCUCUGGUAAGCGUGGUCAGUUGGGUGUCUCCAAAGAUAAAAUAAAAUCUAUUAAUCUUCCUAAAGUUAUUAGUGGAUUUGAAGAUGAGGAAAUAGUUGGAAUUUCUGCAAAUGGAGACCAUAGUGCUGCAUUAUCUGUUGAUGGACAUCUUUACACCUGGGGAAGAGGCUUCAAGGGCUAUGAAGAUUCACACCUUCCACAAUGCUUAAACUCUACAUCGAAAUUUACUAAAGUCACUCUAGGGUGGAACCAUGCUUUAGCUAUGACUGGUGAGGGGAAGGUUUAUAUGCUUGGGGGCAACCACCUUGGAGUGCUUAGCGAUCUUCACAAUGCAAGACCGGCUAAGUCGUUAUUCGAUUCAAGAGAAGCCAAUUUGGAGAAAGCUCCUGGACUUGAUGGAACAAAGAUUACUGAUAUUGCUACUGGAGCUGAGCAUUCUGUCCUUGUCACAGAGAAUGGAGAAAUAAAGACAUGGGGUUGGGGUGAGCAUGGUCAACUAGGGUUAGGGGAUGAUGGUGACCGAAUCAGUCCUGUUACUGUAAAUCUUGGUUAUGAUCUGAAUGAAGCUGCAUCAAUCAGAGUUUAUUGUGGAAGUGGUUUUACGUUUGCUUUAACAAAGCCAUAAAUUCUCGCCAAUCAUGUUCUGUUAGAGCACGGUACUUUCUUCACGCCCCAAAAGCAGUCCAGAUGUAUACAUCCAGAAAAAUCACCAAAUUUGCACGGUGCGGUGUCGUGCUUCCAAACAAUUUUGCUUCUCAUGCUGUUUUGAGUUCAGGCUACAUUGCACUUGAAGCCAGAGUACUCUAGUCCCUCUGAGCUGGGAACUGGGAAACUAAAGGCUCACUGAUAUGGGUAGCGAUAACUCUUGAAAAAACGGAGAGCUGCAUUAUUUUAUGGUGUAUAAAGAUAUAAUUUGUAUAAUUGGUGACAUAGUUAACUCUGUAUAAUAUAUCCAAAAUUAUAAUAACAAAUGUCUCUAUUUCUUAAA